AUGCUACCUGCAAAGACCACUUUGCUGUUGACUCUGCUUGGUUUGCUGAACUUAUCGACGGUCGCACCGGACAGCGCAGGGAUCGUGGAGAUGGUGAACGGAUUGGCGUACGGUGGAAUCCCAUAUGGAAGCGUAACUGGAAUGAUAUCAAAGUAUCCAGGACUUCUGAACCGCCAGAGUAAUACUGUGCAGGCUCAACAAUUCCGUGGAUUCAAUGGUGUUCGACCAUUGGUUGUCACGCCCAACUUCAGGGCUACGCGAUUAGUUGGUGUGCAACCACAAGCUGUGCAAAUCUACAAUCUCCCGAGUGUCGUUGCUCCUGGUGUUGUCGGAUCGAUUAGCCGCAUAGGAUACAAAUUAUAA